AUGGUUCGGGACAAGUUGAGUUCAGAGUAUACCAUUGAUGAUAAUGGUAUGUUGCGUUAUCGCAAUAGAAUUUGUGUUCCGAAUAAUUCAGAUUUGAAAAAUGAAGUUCUUUCUGAAGCUCAUAGUAGCAUGUAUUCCAUUCAUCCGGACUUGAAAAGAAUAGAUAUAGAAUUUGCGGUUGGUGAUCGAGUGCUUUUAAAAGUCUCUCCUUGGAAAAAAGUACUACGAUUCAGUAGGAAAGGGAAACUGAGUCCAAGAUUUAUUGGACCGUAUGAAGUUAUUGAAAGAAUUGGCCUUGUAGCUUAUAGAUUAGCUUUGCCUCCGGAACUUGAGAAAAUUCAUAACGUGUUUCACGUAUCGAUGUUGAGACGGUACAUAUCAGAUCCAUCACAUGUAAUUACUCAUAGUGAAAUUGAGCUACAACCGGAUAUGACGUACUCGGAAGAACCGGUAAGAAUUUUGGCUCGACAAGUUUAA